UCCGCAAGGACCUCCUCACUUAUAUACACAUAUAUACAUAUAUUUCCAAAAUGAAGGUGUUUUUUGUAUUCCUAAUCGUAGUGGCGGUAUGUCAUGCUGCCCCUGGUACGAGUUCUGAUGACGGGAAAAUCGAAAUAUUCAAAGGGGUUGCCAUUGAAAAAGACGCGUCUGGGGAAGAAAAGUUGAACGUAAAGUUUGAACCAGGAGAAUUGAGGGAAGCCGCAAGGACAUUUGAAGAAGCGCGUGGAAAGAUCAAGAAAUACGCACCACUUUUAGCUGGCAUCGGUGUCAAGGUGGUAGCUGUUGUGGGCCUGCUAUUCGGCGCUCUGACACUCCUGGUGACCAAGGCCUUGGUGGUGGCUAAGCUGGCGUUCCUCGCGGCAGCUGCUCUUGGCAUCCAUAAGUACUUUAGCGGAGGCAGCUUCAAUAAUAUUAGCAAGGCUUCUGGGUUCCAAGCAGCCCCACAACAAUGGACCGCGCCCACAGCUGCAGCGGCGUCGUAUCCCUACGCAAGAUCCGUGAACGGCCAAGACGCGAACGACUUAGCUUAUAAAGGUCAAAUACCCUCAUAAUUAAAAGCAAUGAAUCCGAAAGCCAUAUUUAUAAGCUUCGUAAGAUGUAUCAACUUCAACAUUCCAUAAACAA